GUCACCUGCUGCUGUCAGAGAGAUUGUAAAGAUGGCGACGGCAGGGACACCGCAGCUCCGCCGCAUCUCUGCGUGUUUGGCCGUGUUUCUCGGUUUAUUAAACAUAUUAAACACGGGGAAUUGCGAUGAGCAGGUGCCGCUUAUUAUGUGGACAAGUGAAGGGAUCUCCCUACCGAGUCAGUCCCCCCCCACAGCGGGGCACAUCGUUGGGCAGCAGCAGCUGGCCUCUUACCUGGAGAAAGCUCUGAAUGUGGGCCCAAAAAAUGUAGUGCUGUUCCUUCAGGACAAGAUGAGCAUAGAGGACUUCACCAUGUAUGGAGGGGCUUUUGGAAACAAGCAGGACAGUGUUUUCCCCAACCUGGAGGGGGCUCUGAUGUCCUCGUCCUCCCCUCUGGUGUUGCCUGCUGUGUCCUGGCCUGCUUCCAAUGCAGUGAUUGGUCAGCUGCAGGACCAAUUGGAAACCUCCCCUCUGUACAUGGAUCCUGAGACACUAAGUCAGCUGAGGCUCAACGCCUCCUCGCCCGCCCUGCUGGUGUUCAGGCUGCCGUACGGCAUCGGGGCUGAUCUGUUGUCUGCAAAAGAUAUUCUCAGUGGGAACGACGAGAUGAUUGGUCAGGUGUUGAGCACCAUGAAGACCCAGUCUGUCCCAUACACAGCCAUUUACACAGCCCUGCAGCCCUCCAGGGAGGCGGCGUCUCUCUCCAUAGAAUCCGGCGUAGGUGGAGGACGCUCUCUCCUGCAGGCCCGAGGAGGAUAUCGGGAGAGAGAGAGAGAAAGGGAGAGGCAGCGCAAGAUCAAGGAGAAGGCCGGGAUCUACGGUCCAGUGGAGUUUAAGGAGGGGGAAGAAACCUGUAUCCUUCUGUGGGCAGAGGGCCUGUCAGUGAGCAUCCUUCGGAGCGGUCGCUGGGAAGACCACGACCUGACCCCGUCUACCUUUGGGGAGGGUGCCAGCCCGAAACUCCACGGCUCAACCUGUGACAAAACCAAAGCGAGGUUGGUUCUUAAUUAUGAGAAUGUCCUCGGCCACCUCAGCUUCAAACUGAUCUUUGCUAUGAGCCAGCGCCACUACAAGGUGUCUGCACGCCGCUGGUUCACACUAGACGCCGUGGAGCUGGAGUACGACGGCACCAAAGCCACAUUUAACGGGAGCAGACACGUUUAUGCCCCCGCUGAGUACUCGUACCGCUGUGGCUCCGUCACCAACUUCCGUUGGCCUGUGCUCGUGCCACACUCAUCUAAAGAUCCAGCCAAUCAGUGGAGGGUUUCUUUUGAAGACUUUCAGAUCCAGGGCUUCAACGUGACUGGCAGUGACUUCUCGUAUGCCAGUGACUGCGCAGGCUUCUUCUCUCCUGGUAUCUGGAUGGGCCUGAUGACCAGUCUCCUCAUGGUGCUGGUGCUCACCUACGGCUUGCACAUGAUCAUGCAGCUCCGCACUAUGGACCGCUUUGAUGACCCCAAGGGCCCGGCCAUCUCCGUGCCCCAAACAGAGUAACACACCUGACUUCUUCACGUUCCAUCUCUCCUCCUUUCUCUUACUGCAAUGCUUCCUCUCCCACCCUUUACAUUCCUCUCCCUGUUCAUCUGUAGUUGGGCCUUACACAGACUAAUUAGUGAUGUUGUCAGAGUAAAGGUUUAGUCAUCUCUGCAUACGUGUCAGUUUAUACUUGAAAAUGUGCAUCUGAGACUGAGGAAUAGUUCAGGUUUGUGCUUCUCCUGUAUUAGUGUUACAUUCGAGGCAACUGUUACAACACUUAAAGCUGUUCUGAAGAAAAAACAUGAAGCUGAUACUUAAGAGACAAACUGGAGCUAGUUUCUGGUGGGUAAAUGUCCCACAUGGAAGGGAUACAAUUGUAGAUACAGGGACGAAGAUGAAUUAUGAAAUGCUAUUUAUUGGUGAAACUUGUGUGUGUGCGUGUUUACAAUUGUGUCCGUUAGUUAUCAAGUGAAAUGAAGGGAUUACAUGUUCUGCGUGGAUGAUCGAUGAAUCAUAUCCAUUGCAUACAGUCAACUCCAGUCUUCUUGAUCAAAGGGAGAAUUCAAAUCAUUAGUUUAGUAAAGAAAUGUAAAACAUGAAAGACAACUUAAGUUGCAGCAUUAAACGUCAAACGUUUCCAGUUUGUGAAUAAUCUCCAUGUUUGUUAAACAUGAGCUUAAGUUCCUGUUUUUAUUUGUUUUCCUGUGAUAAUAAAUAUGAACUCAACAUUUAUUAUUCAUAUUUCCACAGCUGAAUAUGCUCAAUGUGAAAUGAUUAUUUUUCUGUUUGUUAAUUUAUUGAUGACUUGAGUAUCGAUGCUGUAAGGUCCUGAAUGUCGUGCUGUGACCCCAAUAAAACAUCUGUGGAAACUAA